AUAUGGGGGUGCUAAGUCAAUUAUUACUCUGGCACUUGGGGUUAUUCAUGAAAUUUGACAAGGCAUAAGUCUUAUUUUCCAACUUUUUUUAACUGAUAUAAAGAUAAGCAUUGGUGCUAAAUUCAGUAAGGUUCCCGGUUAAAAUGCAUGUGGAGCAAAAAAAGCACAGAUUCAAAUCCCACCUUGGCCAUGUACCAAUAACUAUUUUCGAAGUGUACUUUAGUUUGAAUACUAACCGAUGCCCUUAUGGUGAGAGAAAACUUUUUGAAAAAAACCUGACUUACCCAAUCCAGAAUCCAUGGUCAAAGGCCCUGGAGGAGGAGUCCAGGGUAUGCCAGGACCAAAGCCAGGAGGAAGAGCAAGAAGUAGUUUUAUCUAGACUUAAGUGUAGAAGAUAUUUUUGGUCAGAAAUAAUAAUAUCCAACCCCUGAGGGAAGACAAUGGUGGACUAUUACAGGGUACUGGGCGUUACUCGGAUCGCCACUGAGGCUGAAAUAAAAAAAGCAUACCGGAAAUUAGCUUUGAAAUGGCAUCCUGAUAAGAACCCUGACAAUUCAGAUGAAGCAAACAGAAGGUUUAAAGAAAUUUCGGAAGCUUAUGAAGUUCUUUCUGAUGAAAGGAAACGACGCGUUUAUGACCAGUACGGAAAAGAAGGGUUGAACAGUAGCAGAGGCAGGCGCUCGGGUGUGGACGACGACUACGACUUUGGAUACGCCAGCUUCCCAUUCACAUUCCGCGAUCCCGAGGAAGUGUUUAGAGAGUUCUUCGGUGGUUCACCAUUCGGCAAUUUGUUUGCUGAAAUAAAUGGACAUGGGCAUCAUCACAGGCACGGCCGUCGCAGUCACCACCCAAGCACCUCCCUGACAUCUUCCCUCUUCAGUCCCUUCGGUUUCGGCAUGGGUCUGGAUGACAUUUUCGCCCACGGGGGACCGAACGGCAACACCUUCACCUCGUUCUCUACGUUCAACAGUUCGCUGGCAGGCCCGGGCAGCGCUAACAUGAGAAGCACCACGACAACCACGCGCGUCGUUAAUGGAAAAAAGAUUACUACCAAAAAGGUCACGGAAAACGGUCGCGAGACGGUGAUGUCGUAUGAGAAUGGAGUCCUAAAAUCAAAGACUGUCAACGGUGUACCUCAAUCACUAACCUACAGUUAAAUUCAUUUAUCCUUUUACAUAUAACCAAACAUGAUCCAAAUAUGAACACUCAGUACAUGCGAGUUAAACGUUCAUAAUUUUUAGUUUCGCUUAAUUUAAACAUUUAGUCUUUAACACAUUGUAAAUUAAUGAGUUGAAUACACUUUUAUUUUAAUUAGAUAUAGGAUAAUUUGCUUUCAUAAUGAGUGAGAUUUUAGAGUUGAUGAACUGCUCAAUAAUGGAAAUCUCGCUCGAGACGAGUUUUGUUCCGAAAUCGCGGCACGCGGCCUGCGAUCUCGCCGCUCUCACGUCCUUAUAUUUUACAAAGGGCAAUUUACAACGCGUGCUGCGAGAUCAUUAUAUUCAUUUGCUGCCAAUACAGUAAUAGCGAAAUAGAUGUAAAAUAGUCAUAAUUAAAUUUUUAAUUUAAUCUUAAUUUGUCAGAACAAUUAGCCCGUAAAUAAAAUUACACACAUUAAAUUUUUUCCUAACUAGAUAUAUAUUUAAGAAAUAAUACUGAGAACUAAAAAUAGAAUAUGUACCUUCGUGAAUUGACGCAUUUUAUUUUUGUUGUUUGUUUCAAAUCGCCAUUACAUUACAUUUUUUAUAAACAAAAAGCUUUAAAUGUUAUAGAAAUUAUUUGCUACGAAAAGUUAAGUUGUGCGUAGCCUAGUAGGUGGCGUCACCAACUAUAAACGAUGACCACUAAGCAGAGCGAAAUUUGACUAGAUAACAACGGGCGUUCAAGAUGCUGCGCACUAGAAGUCACCGAUAUUUUUAGUAUUUAAAGGGGGUAACGUUUAACCUCGAAAAAAUCGAGUUUGUAUAUUUUAACGGAUCCCCAGCGUAAUCUCACAAACUUGCAUGCAUUGUGAUGCGAGAAUUUAACGCGGUUUGGAAAUGUAUCAUUCCUCACUUAGAUAAAUAUCACUACUGCUUAAGGUUAUAAUGUUCUAAUCAUUCUCGCCAAAUUAGCUAAAUAAUAACUAAAUUGAGUGAUAUUACCAUAUAAACUGAUUAUAUUUUCUUUAUUCAAACGUCUUUUAGAAAAAGGGCACACUACUUUCAUUUUAAAAAAAUGUGUUAUUGGGUGUUUUUUUUAACAUUUACCAAGCUUAUUUAGUAUGUACUUAAUUUCUUUCAUUGUUUUUAUUUUGAUCUGUAACUAUUGAUUUUAAAAACAUGAACAUUUUCAUUGGUAGGUAGUGUCAUUAGUUAUACGACAAGCGAGAACAGCACCCAUGUAAAUUAUUGUCUACAUCUCGUUUGGAACAAAAUGACAACAAAUUGUGAGCACUGCAUUCAAGAUGAAUGAUUAAAUAAAAUUUAAUUGUA